CUUUGUUGUAGGCUUCUACAAGGUUUCCUACAGAAUUAGUAAGUGUGGAAAUGGAGCCGAGCUGGAGUACGUUUCUUUUUCAACAGGCCAAUGAAGCCCUCCACCACCAGCACCAUGUGGCCCAGAACAGCCUGCUGCCACUGCUUAACGCAGGAACUGAACAAAUCGACCAGAAGCCUAUCCUGCCCAUCCAAAUAGACCAGAAGCCCCCUUCCAGUGCUGCUGAGCUCCUUAAAGACAAUGUGGCCAGCGGAGGAGGUGCACGGCCGCCAGUGCCUGUGAUAAAGAAGGAACACAAAGGCAAAACGCCGUUCGUCUGCGGCUACUGCAACAAGGCCUUCCGUGACAGCUACCACUUGCGGCGUCAUGAGUCCAGCCACACAGGUAUCAAGAUGGUGUCGCGGCCAAAGAAGACCGCCCAGACGGCCCCCACCAUGGUCCCCAUGAUCUCUACCAUGCCACGAGAGAACAACGGCAACCCUUCCUACAUCUCCACGGUAGCGGGAAUCCUCUCCACAGCGACCACCUCGGUUUCCUCAGGCACAAGUAUCAUGACACAAUCAGCGAUGGGCAACGUGCCACAGCAAAAUGUCCCCAAGAAACCCGCCAAACCUGUCAAGAAAAACCACGGGUGUGAGAUGUGCGGCAAAGCCUUUCGUGAUGUCUACCACCUGAAUCGCCACAAGCUCUCCCAUUCAGAUGAGAAGCCUUUUGAGUGCCCCAUCUGCCAGCAACGCUUUAAAAGGAAGGACCGAAUGACCUACCAUGUUCGCUCUCAUGACGGGGGAGUCCACAAGCCCUAUGUAUGUUCUGUAUGUGGGAAAGGCUUUUCCAGGCCAGACCACUUGAGCUGCCACGUGAAGCAUGUGCAUUCUUCAGAAAGACCGUUCAAAUGUCAAGUAACGGCCUGUACCUCUGCUUUCGCCACCAAAGACAGACUCCGUUCCCACAUGAUCAGGCACGAAGGCAAGGUCACCUGUAGCAUCUGCGGGAAGAUGCUGAGCGCAGCCUACAUCACCAGCCAUUUGAAGACUCACGGGCAGACCAACUUUAACUCCUGUAACAAAGAGGGUAACGGAGUCUGCAAUUCUUCCUCAGCUACACCUGUGACCAUCUCGGCCCCCAUCACCUCAGCGAUGAACCGGGGCCACUCCAACAACCCCGUCACCAUAGCCGCACAAAUGAACAUUAGCACCAACACGGUCAACAUCACAUCUCCAAUCAGCCUCCAGCACCCAGUCACCAUCACUGGGCCAGUCAACAUUGCCUCCGUCAACAUCCCCGCCACGGCACCCAUGAAUAUCGCCCACCCAGUCGCAAUAACGACCCCCAUGCCUAUGAAUAUGGCUGGCCCGCUCAACAUCGCCAUGAGGCCAGUGGAUAGCAUGCCUUUUCUGUCCCAAGUCUUGCCUUCUUCCCCGCCCUGGUAAAAAAAAAAUAAAGGAGAGAGAGAGAGAGAGAGCAUCGAACUGGUCAGAAAGAAAGGGAAAAUGAAGUGAAACAAGAGACUCCUGUCCUCAUUAUUUGCACCUCGAGCCCAGCUCUUUCUCCCCCUCAACCAUGUUUACUUACCCUGAAGUGAAUAUUUACAUGAGCUGUGCGGCCGGUAGGAGCUCCCCAAGUCACAGCUGCGUCCCAACUUAUGUUUAAGUGACUGACAUGAGAUGCAGAACACUUGAGUAGAAAUCGAGUAGGGUUUAUCUUGAAAUCAGGACAGCCGUAAGACUUAGAGUAGUCAGUUAGAAUGAUGAAACUGUGAUUUGUAUAACGACAAAGGAGAGGAGAGGAUUCCUCAAGCACCCUUGAGGACUCUGUAGGAAAAACACACCUGUGCUUUUGUUAAAGGGAGAUGAGGAAUGGACUGAAGCAAUAACAAUAAAUUGCUGUUUUUGAUGUUUUACACGUUCUCUCCCAAAGCCUCUGGGUGUUACUUUGUAUGUUUUUUUUUUUUAUAAUUAUAGCCUGCUAAUCACUAUUUAAUGUUAUAGGAAAUGAGUCUAGUAAAAGGGACAGCAGCUUCCAUUUGCAUGGAAGAAUAUUUUUUCACAGUGCUAUAGCUUUUCUUUUUCUUCUCAGAUAGUAGGUAUGCUCUUGAGGUACAGUGACUAACUUGUACAGUUGACAUAGUAAUGUAUUUUCAUGUCAGCAUUUUAAUUUUUAUGCUUUUGUCAUUCGAGUGGAUGCCUCGACGCUGUCCGCUUGACAAUGAAAUAUUUGUACUUUGUUUUCUAUCGGUAUGGAAACACAAAGGUAUGUUUUUAUUUGCCUAUUUGUAGUGUUAUUUUUUUUCCAUGAAGUCAGAAUGGAAUGAGUCUUGCACUGAAAGCAUAUCCUACAUACAGGUGCGCAGCAGUAUUAUCAAAGAUCAAAUUGGAGUCUUAAGUGUUUUGGUUAGCCAGCCUGCACUUGAGGGCCAUCUAGUGGCUGAACAUGAAAAGGCCUGGCCUUGUAGUGAAGCUUUUUCAGGCUGUUGCUGUCAUCACAAUGGUGACAAAUUAGUUUUGUCUGACUCUUCUGUACACUGUUUUUUUUUUUUUUUUUUUU